CGGCCGAUCACGACCGACGCGCCGCGGGCGGUGGCUGCUGCGUGCCAUUACCGCGCAGAGAGCUACACUGCAUCAGUGCGUCGUUUGAAUUCUCAGUGGUGGUUCAUGGUGGUCGAAAGUAUUCCCUGCUCAGUGAAUCGUCUUAUCUUCAAUUAUGGAAGGCAGUCUUCAAGAAGACACCUGUGAGAAGACACGUGAGUAGACGCUGUUAGAAGACACGUAUUCUAUCAGAAGUGAUAACGGCGUGUGCUUACGUUUGGUGUGAGCUGAGCGGUAGGACAGCCCAGGUCAGAAAAGCUUCCGAGUUCCGGACAGCCUUGGAUCAUUGUCAAGAGAAGCCACUUCUCGAACCAACUGGAGUUACCGUGUGUCGAUCGAGUGUAAUGCGAGCCUGCACCUCAAGGUCAUGGUGUCACUCAGUCAAAUGAACUCUCAAACUACCAUUCCUGUGAUCAGCCAGGGCGAGGAAAAGAGCUCGGUAUAAUGAGCUGAGAGUGAGCCUGCGACCAGCGCCGAUACCGGUGCGGGUCUCGACCACUGACCAGUGACCAGGGCAAUUUCCCGUCGUACGGCGCCAGAACGUAACUCACACGAUCGACGUUCCGUCUCGCAGGGACUCCCGGCUCGUAACUGGCGACGGGUUUCCUGUUGUAGCCGGCGGCGGUGACGCAUGUCAUUGCAUCAGGCCCUGGAGUGGUGCUCGGAGGAGACUUGUGCGUCGCUGCUGUGAAGGAGAUACUGGUCUGAGGGCGAUAUGGAGGAGAGUGAUCAGUUGUGUUGACAGGGCCGCGUGCUUCUGUAGGCUGUAAGUACAGCUGGCGCCCAGCAGUGUUGGAAAUUGCGGACAGCUGAGAUGGUGCCUGGUGCCUCGACGUGCGUAUGCCAGUGCAGCGUAAACGACUAGAAACUCUCGGUGCCUCAGCGCCGAUAAGAGACACCAAGGCCUGUACGAUCGCCAAAGACCGCUGCCGACAAGUUGACGCAGUUGACGUGCCUGUGCCGCUCGCAGAGCUGGACGUGGAGCUACUGAUGGUGCUGAAGCUGGUGCUGGUCGUGGUAACGAAGCUGGUGCUGCUGUAGUAGCUACCCCAGCGGUGUGACGAUGUCAGCGGCUGUCGCUGUGGCUGUGUGGCUCGCGCUGCUGUUGGUGCAGACGGUGUCGGCGACGUUCUUCACCAUGCAGAAUGCGACCCGGUACAACGGCUACAGAGUUUGUAUCGGCACCAGCGGGCGGAUGUCUGUACCGGGUAACCGGACGACCCACUACGAGAACCUCAAGGAUCGCUACACCAACUGCACUUAUGUGGACGGUAACCUGGAGCUGACGUGGCUACAGGACGACAGUCUCGACCUCAGCUUCCUCCAGUACAUCAGAGAGGUCACGGGGUACGUUCUGAUCGCCUCUGUUGACGUGCCACGUCUCGUCUUGCCUUCACUUCAAAUCAUCCGCGGCAGGACACUGUUCAAGCUGAACGUCUGGGAUGACGAAUUCUCUCUUAUUGUCACCAUGUCGAAGAUGUACAGCUUGGAAAUGCCGGCACUCAGAGAUGUCCUGGCGGGGAACGCUGGCGUCUUCGACAACUACAACCUCUGCCACAUCAAGUCCAUCAACUGGACGGAGAUCCUGACCGGUCCGGGCGCCGACAUUGUCUACCACUACAACCUGACGCAGCCAGAGCGCCAGUGCCCCGGCUGCGACCCGUCCUGCAGUGGCGGCUGCUGGGGGCCGGGACGCGAAAACUGCCAGAGACUGAGCAAGAUCAACUGCUCGCCGCAGUGCUACGGAGGACGCUGCUUUGGCCCGGAGCCGCGUCAGUGCUGUCAUCUGUUCUGUGCUGGUGGUUGUACGGGACCCACCCAGUCGGACUGCCUGGCCUGCCGCAACUUCUACGAUAACGGUAUCUGCAAGCAGGAGUGUCCAUCCAUGAUGCGCUACAACUCGAUCAAGUACUCGUGGGAACCGAACCCAGACGGGAAGUUCGCGUACGGUGCUACCUGCGUCAAGGAGUGUCCCGAACACCUGCUGACUGACGGCAGCGCUUGCGUCCGCUCCUGUCCCCCGAACAAGAAGGCCAAAAAUGGCGAGUGCGUCGCCUGUGAUGGACCCUGCCCAAAGACGUGCAAGGUGAAGAAAUCCGAAAUUAUCCACGCUGGAAACAUUGACCGCUUCCGCAACUGCACGAUCUUGCAGGGUUCGCUUCAGAUCUUGCAGCACUCGUUCGACGGUUUUCAGGAGAUCCACGAGAACUACACUUUUGGACCCCACCACCCUCGGCUGCACCCGCGACGGCUGGAAGUGUUCAGCGAUGUUCAGGAGAUCACCGGAUAUGUCAACAUCGACGCCUACCACGAGGAGUUCCUCGACCUGGGCUUUCUGCGACGACUUCAGGUGAUCGGUGGCCGGUUCUUGCACGAGUACUUCACGGCGCUUUACAUCGUCAAGACGUCACUACAGUCACUGCGGCUCAAGUCGCUGCAGAAGAUUCGAUCCGGUGGUGUGCUCAUUGUGGAGAACAGCGACCUCUGCUUCGCAGACGGUAUCAACUGGGGCACGUUCAUCUCGCGGGACCAGAAGUCGCAGGCUUCCUACGACGUCAUGGUGGAGAAGAAUAGAAACUCCUCCAGUUGCGCGGCAAGCGGGCUCGUCUGCCACGAGCAGUGCACGGACGACGGCUGCUGGGGUCCCGGCCCAGACAGUUGCCUCAAGUGCCGCGCCUUCCAGGUCGGCCGCCGCUGCGUAGAGCGAUGCGACACCUCGCGAGGCAUGUACAAGUCAUCGCUAAACACGUGCGAUCUGUGCCACCCGGAGUGCGACGGGCCGUGCACGGGUGGUGGACCCGACCAGUGUACCGGCAGCUGCCGACACGUCAAAGACGGUCCCUACUGCGUCAAAAAGUGCCCCGAGGCCAAAUACAACGCGUCCGGCGUGUGCCUGCCGUGCCACCCCAACUGUCUGGGCGGCUGCUCGGGCCCUAAUAACACGGUCGGAGAGGGCGGCUGUGUGCGCUGCCACACGGCAGUGUUGGACGAGAACGAUCGAGUGGAGCGCUGUCUGGCCGCAAACGAGACCUGUCCCGACGGGCACUUCAGCGACCACGCUCGAUCACAGAAACAAGGCCGGAUGGAGUCGCUGGCCUGGAAAUUAUGUAAGAAGUGUCAUCAUCGCUGUAAGACCUGCACUGGAUACGGGUUUCACGUGCUUGUAUGCCAGGAGUGCGUGCACUACCGGAACGGAGAGCAGUGCGAGGACAAAUGUCCGGAGGGCUCGUACUCGAACGAGGACACUCACGAGUGUAUCCGGUGCGCGGCCGAGUGUGACGGCUGUACCGGACCCGGGCAAAUGUGCAAGGAGUGCCGAAACUACCGCAUCUACCUGGACGAGGAUGGUCCUGACGGCAGCCCACUGUUCAACUGCACGGCCCAGUGUCCCCCGAGUCACCCGCACAAGCUGUUUCCGUCCGACGGCGGCGACCCGUUCUGUUCGGCCGAGAUGGGAGCGGGGGCCGACUACAGCUCGGAUGAGAGCAUCACGAUCGUCAUCGUCUCGGUUGUCGUCACCGUCGUCAUCCUGCUGGUCGUCAUCAUCUGCAUCGUCUGCAAGUGCCGCACGGACAGGAAGCGACAGCAGAUGACCAUGGAAAUGCUGAUGAGCAAGGAGGGUCUGGAGCCGAUUGAAGUCACAAACGUGAAACCCAACAUGGCCAUGCUGCGUAUUGUGAAGGAGGCUGAGCUCCGUAAGGGAGGCAUUCUCGGGUUCGGUGCGUUCGGCACAGUGUACCGUGGAGUCUGGGUGCCCGAGGGAGAGAACGUCAAGAUUCCUGUAGCGAUCAAGGUUCUUCGCGAGGAUACAGGAGCAGACACCAACAAGGAGAUUCUGGAAGAGGCCUACAUCAUGGCCUCUCUGGAGCACAAGAACCUGCUGCCGCUGCUGGCCGUCUGCAUGACCUCCCAGAUGAUGCUGGUGACGCAGCUGAUGCCGCUCGGAUGUCUGGUCGACUACGUGAGGAACAACCGCACUAAGAUCGGUAGUAAGCCCCUACUUAACUGGUGCACGCAGAUCGCGCGCGGCAUGGCCUACCUGGAGGACCGGAGACUGGUUCACCGGGACCUGGCGGCACGGAACGUCCUAGUGCAGACACCCAACCUGGUGAAAAUCACCGACUUUGGGCUGGCCAAGCUGCUCGAUAUUAACGAGGAGGAGUACAAAGCAGCUGGCGGGAAGAUGCCCAUCAAGUGGCUGGCGCUCGAGUGCAUCCAGCACCGCAUCUUCAACCACAAGAGCGACGUCUGGGCAUUCGGUGUGACCGUCUGGGAGCUGCUUACCUACGGCGGCCGGCCGUACGAGGACGUACCCGCCAAAGACGUACCCGACCUUCUGGAGAAGGGCGAGCGGCUGCCCCAACCCGCCUCCUGCUCCAUCGAGGUCUACAUGAUCAUGAUCAAGUGCUGGAUGCUCGACGCCGACUCGCGGCCCAACUUCCGCGAGCUGACUGCCGAGUUCGCCAAAAUGUCGAGCGACCCAGGCCGGUACCUGGUCAUACCGGGCGACCGGCUGAUGAGGCUACCAUCCUACACCCCGCAGGAUGAGAGGGAGCUGAUGCGCUCGUUAGCAGCCUCAGCUCUGGACAGCCCGGCUGACGUGCUGAUGGCUGCCAGCGAGUACCUGCACCCGGCUGGCCUCCACGGUACAGGGUUCGGCUCGGUCGGCAGCGGCGCGAUCGGCUCGCUCGGAGCGCUGGACGCCAGUAGAAACGGCUCGCUGAGGACGCGUCAGAGGCGACACACGCACGAAGAGGCCGGUCGGAGGCGGGCCGGGUCGGCCGGGUCUUUUCGGCAUAACGACCUGCAUCGCUCGCUCGGUGAGAUGGGCGACGACGACUGUUUCGAGUCGGGCUCGAUGCUGGGCGCCGAGGCUGGCGGCGGCACGACGCUACACCUGCCUCUGGACGAGGACGACUACCUCAUGCCGUCGAACGGCACCCCGGCCGACUCACCGCCGGCCUACAUGGACCUGAUCGGCGACGACCCGGACUCUGACGGAGCCAGUCCUCGGCUCGACCAGGCAGCCUCACCCUUCACCUUCAGCAUGGACAACCCCGAGUACCACAUGGUGGCCCGCAACGGGGGCCCCCACGGCCCACUGCUGCCUUCUGGUGGUAACAGUUUGUCCAGGGGUAACAGUUUGUCGCGGGGUAACAGUUUAUCGAGGGGUAACAGUCUGUCGCGGGGUAAUAGUUUGUCGCGGGGUAACAGUUUAUCUCGCGGUGCCAACGGUCGGCACGGCAGCAGCGGCGGUUUUCCGCGGACAGCCGUGCCUCGUCCGGUCGCGCUGCCGGCUCCACCGGGUGGACUGAGCGCCCCCUACCCGGUGGGAGCGGGCGCCGCGCCGCGCCGGCCGCACCACCAGUACUACAACGAACUGGACCUGCUGCCGGUACCGCCCGCCGGGGCGAGACGUAACGAAACGACUGUGUGACGCCCGCCGUGUGUGACUACAUUCCGCGUGACGCAAUGUGACGCCGUGUGACGUCGCAGUCCUGUGCCAAGUCAGCGCCGCCGCUCCACAAUCAGAGAAUUAUCCGCCGCGCCGCUUGUGAUUCGUAUAGUGUUUUAUUGAGUGGGCCGUUAUGCCGACGUCUGGUCUUCCAGUGAUGUGCCUUAGUACCGUAUACGGUAGCGGAUGGGUCCAGGAUGGAUGAAGCGCCCACCCUGUCCGCAGCCCGGACCUGCUGCGGGCGAGACGACGGGUCCUAUUGGCCCACAAAUGGGAUUAUGAACGUGCCAUUUUUCGGUGAGACUGUUGUGCCUUCGAUCGUAUUGGUGUAGUCCGACCGUGAGAGAGAUGGCGGCCGGUAUGACGACAUACUCCGGAAAUGGAGAGCCGGGUCUCGCCACGACCAUAUAGUUACUUGUCCGCUCAUAUGUUAUAAACUGGAAUAAAAUGUCUUUUAUAUUUAA